UUUUUUUUUUUAAAAAAAAAAAUUAUUAUUGAAUAAAUGAUCAAAAUGAUCUUUUGUCAUUUAUCAUUUAUUAAAUUAUUGAAUUUUAAAAUUGGAGCGAUUAUUCUUUUUACCAUCACUUAUUUGUUUUUUAAUAAUUUUAGUGAUCAACAGGUUAGAGGAAUUCCAUACCCUGAGAAUCCAAAGAAAAUCGAUAUUGGUCGAGGAGAAGAUAUUUGGUUUUUAACAGAUAACGAUGAAGUAGUGUAUCUUUCUAAUCUAAGUUCAAUUAAGAUUUUCUUUUCGAGUGAAUCUAUUUCUCUUUUUAAUAUUAUGUAUUAUAUUAGCUUUAUCAUUGGAGCCCAAUCAUAAAACAUUUAAUAUAUAAGGAUUCCAAUGUUUUAGAUUUUGCUGUUGGAUCAGAUGGAACAGUUGUUCUUAUUAAAAAAGAUAAUGAAGUAUAUAUCAGAACUA